AUGGUUCCCGACUUGAGGACAGAUCGUGAGAAGGACUGGAAAUCAUUCGCGUACAUCGAGCAGUACAAACGCUUGAUAUUGUUUAUCUUUAUGUGGGAUACGCAGAAUGUCAGCUACUACUCGUUCAUGCCAAGCAUGUCUACCCAGUCUAUUCAAGUAAAUCUCCCUUGCUCCAAGGAGCUUUGGGAGGCCAAGGAUGAAGACACAUGGAAGGCCAUAACUUCCAAGAGUGAUCAUCCGAUGAUCAACACCAUGGUAAAGGACUUUAUUGAGGAUGGGGGAAACAUCUGGUGCGAGACCUUGGACAGCCUAUCUCUGAGUUUUAUCCUGCAUGGCUUGAUGUCAAUGUGCAACGACAUGGUUCACUUUCACAACCAGUCUAUCUACCUUGGUAACGCCGCACAAGGGGACGACAACAACUGGCGCUGUCGGAUGACCGCGGCACUAGAGCUCUGGAAGACAAAGUAUGAUGCCUGCGCUAUGGGAGCAAGGCAAACCAUCGAUGAAGACUCGUCCCUACACGAGUUCCGCCAGGAAAACGUUGCCUUUCUUGCUCUCUAUCACACCGCACAUAUUGUCGUAAAUGCGGAUAUCCGUCAUCUCCAGAUUGCAGCGGGUGCUGAGGCGAUCUUUGGGCACGUUGUAACGAGCACAGAGCGCGAAGAAAGUAUAAGGGCGGUGAGGGAAUGGGUACGAUUAUCUCCAGAAUCGGCUGGUCAUGCUGCGUGGCAUUCCGCACAGAUGAUCCGCGAGGGUCUGCUGAACCUACGGAAUUGGAAGGCUAACGGCAUGUUCCAUUACCCGUGGUGUCUCUACCUCGGGGUAUUAACGACUUGGGCUUUUGUGUAUUUCUCGCAGGAGCAGAAUGAUAAACGUCGAGGUUGCCAUCAUAGCAUUGAUGGCGAGGAUAUUCUCCAGACACAGUCAAAGGCUCUGAUGCACCAGACCAUCUCAAAUAUGGCAUCGUGUACUCCAGCGACUAUUGGGAGGGACCUGCAUAGAUGUUGCCCGCAUGGCUUGGCUAUUGAAGUGGCAAAGUAUCUCAAGACAGUUCGAUGGACUGCUGCCUUUGAAGCGAUGAAGGUCCUUGAGGGCAUCGUGGACAUGGAAUAA